AAUCAAUUUGAUUCAUUCAUUGUGAGCGAAACAACGUUGCAGAACCUGUAAUUAAUUAUGUAUUAAACUCAGCUAAACCGAAGAUGGAGACAACGUCAGAGCUUCCUUCGUACUACUAUCUUCAACCAUCUAAAAACAUCGAUGGGGAAGACGAAGAGGAGCUAUUCGAUUCAAAUGGCAUCCACAUCACUUCCGAAUAUUUGAACGAUGUUGUUGCCAAAUCGAUGUCCGAUCGGUACACCGUUGUAGACGAUUCCCCGGAUGGUUGCUCGUACAAGUGCAACGAAUGCAAUCAAAUGCUUCAUAACACUGGCCACCUAGUUGGUCACAUCGUGGUGCACACAGGAGAAACCCCGUACGUGUGCAGCCUAUGUCAGCGCUCGUUUGUGAACUCCACCCGGCUUAAGCUGCACCUUCGGGUGCACUGUAUUCAAAAGCCCCAGCCCGACCUCACUGUGACGAGGAUUACAAAGAGUCCCCAAACGGCGACGGUUCCGACGAGCAUCAGCACCACCGAAGGCGCAGAAGCUGACCAGGGCGGGGUAUCCGAAAGUGAGCGAACGUUUCGGUGCAUCGAAUGUGACAAGGUUUUCCCCAAAGACGAACUAUAUAGGCAUAUGAAGCAGCAUUUGUUGGAGAAGAACAUUUUUGCCCAAAAACCAAACACCUCCGACCCGGCGGGCAACGAGAGAUUCGAUCAAAGUUUGUCCCUCGAACAACAGCAGGAAGAAUGCAGCGGUUCUAUUAAGGUAUCAUCCGAAGUGGAAUUGGUUCCAAUUAGAAAGCCAGACGCAAUCGCUAGCAAGAAAAAAAUUGUCCAAAACCCAAUCCUUUGUGGAUUAUUGAUGAGGGAAAGCAAUGAACCUCCACCGUUAAAUGUGCCUACGGUGGAAUUAGAUUCACCGGGCGAAGAAGAGGAAGAUGAUUGCGGCAAGGAUCCAGGACUGGUGGAAGAUAUUAAUCAACUCGCGGAAAUGGUGCCAUCCCCGGAAGAAGUAGGUCUAGAUAGUGGAGGAGCUGGUGGAUUCAUCAUCAGUUCGGUCGCGACCGUUGAUCAACAGUUUUUGGAAAGCCUGGCCCAAAUGGAACUCCAAGCUCGCACCCCGGAACUAGAAGAGCUUCCGAUGGACGACAUGUUGCUGGAAAACUGCGGGCCGAACGACUCGAGCGGUCCGAAAAAUACCGGCUCUGCCACGGUGUGUGGACUCUGUGGAAAAUCGUUUCACGAACCGUUCGGUCUCCGUCAGCAUAUGCGCAUAAUGCACGCCGAAACGAAGCCCUUCAAAUGCCCGGAAUGCAAGAAAACCUUUGCCCAAGAGAGAAGCAUGUACAUUCAUCUACGGGUGCACAUUAGCCAGCGGCCAUUCAUUUGCAUCGUGUGCUAUAAAACGUUCACACGCUCCACAGCCCUUAACGGGCACAUGUCAUGCCACGCGCACGAUACGAUCAAAUGUCUCGAAUGUGGGGAACUGGUGACGAACAUUAGCAACUACGCGAAGCACGUUGAAACCAGGCAUCCCAACUUUCCGAACUUCCUUGAUCAAAUCCGAACGGAUCGGCCCGAACACGAGCGGUCCAAAAUUUUGCGACGGAUUUUAAUGAGCAACAUGGCGUCCAACUCUGGCAAUGAGCAACCGGUCGAAACAUUGCUAAAAGUGGAACCAACUGCCGUAGAUUGAAUCGCACAAAGUUUUCCAACUAAAUGAUAUUCAAAGAAACACAAACCAAGAAUAAAUUAAACCACAUGAAACCAAGUUUGUAGAAAAAGAAAGAUUACUUCCCAUUG